GGGCUGGGUUGUGCGGGGCGGCGGGAGGAUCUGUCGCUGUGGGGAGGUAGGAAAAUGGCGCUGACGCAGGGCACCAAGCGGAAAGUCUGCUAUUACUACGACGGUGAUGUUGGAAACUACUAUUAUGGCCAGGGACAUCCAAUGAAGCCCCACAGGAUCCGGAUGACCCACAACCUACUGCUGAACUAUGGCCUGUACAGGAAGAUGGAAAUAUAUCGCCCUCACAAGGCAAAUGCAGAAGAAAUGACGAAGUACCACAGUGAUGACUACAUAAAAUUUCUGAGAUCUAUUCGCCCAGAUAACAUGUCUGAGUACAGCAAGCAGAUGCAAAGAUUUAAUGUUGGGGAAGACUGCCCUGUGUUUGAUGGGCUGUUUGAGUUCUGUCAGCUCUCUGCCGGAGGUUCAGUUGCCAGUGCUGUGAAGCUGAACAAGCAACAGACAGAUAUUGCAGUGAAUUGGGCAGGAGGCCUUCACCACGCUAAGAAGUCAGAGGCUUCUGGCUUCUGUUAUGUCAAUGAUAUCGUCUUGGCUAUCUUGGAACUCUUAAAGUAUCACCAGAGAGUGCUGUACAUUGACAUUGAUAUUCACCACGGAGACGGCGUGGAGGAAGCUUUUUAUACCACAGAUCGUGUGAUGACCGUGUCCUUUCAUAAGUAUGGUGAAUACUUCCCAGGAACAGGGGACCUGCGGGAUAUUGGUGCAGGCAAAGGCAAGUACUACGCUGUCAACUAUCCCCUCCGGGACGGAAUCGAUGAUGAGUCCUAUGAAGCAAUAUUCAAGCCGGUUAUAUCUAAAGUGAUGGAGACGUUCCAGCCUAGCGCAGUUGUCUUGCAGUGCGGGUCAGAUUCUCUGUCAGGGGACAGGCUGGGGUGUUUUAAUCUGACCAUCAAAGGUCAUGCCAAGUGUGUGGAGUUUGUAAAAAGUUUUAAUUUGCCUAUGCUGAUGCUGGGAGGAGGUGGCUACACAAUCCGCAAUGUGGCUAGAUGCUGGACCUAUGAGACUGCUGUGGCUUUGGACACGGAAAUUCCCAAUGAACUUCCGUAUAAUGACUAUUUUGAGUACUUUGGACCAGACUUUAAGCUCCACAUCAGUCCCUCAAACAUGACUAACCAGAAUACCAAUGAGUAUCUCGAGAAGAUCAAGCAACGUCUCUUUGAGAAUCUGCGCAUGCUGCCUCAUGCCCCUGGUGUCCAGAUGCAGCCAAUUCCUGAGGAUGCUGUUCAGGAAGACAGUGGGGAUGAAGAGGAAGAAGAUCCUGAGAAACGCAUUUCAAUUCGCAAUUCUGAUAAGAGAAUAUCAUGUGAUGAAGAAUUCUCUGACUCUGAAGAUGAAGGGGAAGGAGGGCGCAAAAACGUUGCCAACUUCAAGAAAGCUAAACGUGUGAAAACAGAAGAGGAAAAGGAGGAAGAGGAGAAGAAGGACGAGAAAGAAGAGGAAAAGGCAAAAGAGGAGAAAGCAGAACCCAAAGGGGUGAAGGAAGAGGCGAAAUCCACCUGAGAUGGCUGCAACUGGACAGUACUGUCAGUGUGUAGCUGUCAUAGGGGGAUUCCUCUGGCCCUAAGAGGAUCUGUACCUCCCACGGAGCGCUGCUGACGGUUUCAACUCUAAUAAUGCUGCUAACUUCACACAGGUUUUUUAAAUGUUUUAUUUUUUUAAAUACUUUCUUUCCCUUUUCCACCAUGAGUUUUUAAGUCUCUUUUUGAAUCCGAGUGACACCUCACUCCAGCUAUUCAGUGUUUGUAUGUGAAGUGAGAGAGAUCAGUGUACCUUGGGGUUGGGGGGGGAUAUAGUGUGGUUUUUUAAAGAUGCUUUUAUUUUGAAUUUUGAGAAUCUUUGUAAUAAAACUGGUACAUUUCUAUGGGUGGUGUGAGUUUGUGCUGCUUUCUGCUGAGAGGAAAUGCUUAAGAGCUGGGGUUUAGUUUGUUCUCAGAGACAUUUCUGGAAAAUGGAGCAGUAGCUUGGUCAUGAUAAUGAAGUAUAAUGUAGAACCAAGGCACAAAACACAGCAGCUGUAACAAAGCUCUGGAAAGAAAGAUGAGGUGAGGCAGGAAUGCUUUCCCUCUUUCAGGAAGAGGGUUGGAUGUGUAGGUUUAAAUGCCAUUCACCAAAACAUUAUAUUUGGUGCACAUUCCAUGCUGCAGGUGAAAGGUGGCCUCAUCUUCUUUGGUUGAUGUUUGGGGGUUUUGUGGUUUGUUUUUUCUUUUCCCCUGUGCUUUACAGAAUAGCCUUGAAAUUUUCCUCAUG